AUGGCAACUGCCGACGCGGGAUUAGGUUCGGGACUGCGUCCAGGUUUGGGAGGAACGGGAUUGGAGCUAGCAGUAGGUUCGGAGGGGCAGGGAUGGCGGCGGUCGGUGGCGGUGAUGGAGGCGGUGCGGCAACUGGAAGCCAUGAUGCGCGAACCGGCCGCCGUGCUCGAUAGCAUGAAGAUCUUCAUCGCCUGUUUCAUCCUGUCGACUCCUUUGCCCUCCCGCACCUCCCCUCCCUUCCACAUCCCCU